AUGGCUCAACAAGCGUUCAAAGUGGCUUCUCAAGAAGUUACUACCUAUAUUAAUCGCUACUGGAAAUAUUCACCUUCGCCUUUAUCCAUUCGCCAAUUGAUGGAUUUCGGUCGAACGGCCACAAGUCAGGAUUCCUAUCGAUAUUUAAGAUGUGAGCUGCCUAUUAGGCUUGCACACAUUAUGAAGGAGCUUCACCACUUGCCCAAUAUACUUAUGGAAAUGCCUUCGGUUCAAACUUUAAACGGCUGGUAUUCUCAAAGCUUAUCGGAACUAAUUGAAUUUCGAGAGAAAAACGCAGAUAAUGACAGCGACUGUAUGGUAGAUAAGUUUACUGAUUUAAUCCAUAACAUCAAUCAACGCCAUAGCACUGUUAUAGAAACCAUGGCCAAAGGUAUUAUGGAAUUGAAGACAGUUGUAAAGAAUCAUAGUUUGGAUCACUCGUCGUUACAAUAUUUCUUGGAUCGAUUCUAUAUUAAUCGUACAAGUAUGAGACUGUUAAUUACGCAACAUUUAACGCUGUUCGGAGAUGAAGAGCCCUUUAAAAGGCACAUUGGAUGCAUUAAUCCCAACUGCAGUGUAAUGAAAAUAGUUGAAAGUGCUGCUGAAGAUGCGAGCUCAUUAUGCGAUCAAUAUUAUAUGGCUGCUCCUAAAGUCGAAAUUGAAGAACAUAAUGCUGCUGGGAACUUAUCACCUGUAACCAUAUGCUAUAUACCAUCUCAACUACAUUAUAUGGUUUUCGAGUUAUUAAAGAAUUCGAUGAGAGCAACGGUUGAAAAACAUAUUGAGGGUUAUUCUGAAUUGCCUCCGAUUAAAGUUAUUAUUACCGCAGGAAAAGAAGAUAUAGUGAUUAGAGUUGUUGACAGAGGUGGUGGCGUUCCAUUAAAUAAAUUAGAUGUUGUAUUUAGUUAUAUGUAUUCCACGGCUCCAGAUCCACAGCAAUCAUUGUUUGAUGCCGAACGCAGUGAAUCUAUUUCUCCUAUGGCGGGUUAUGGUUAUGGACUGCCAUUAUCACGGCUUUAUGCUAGGUAUUUAAACGGUGAUUUAAAACUAUCUCCUUUAGAAGGUUAUGGGAUGGAUGCUUAUAUAUACUUAAAGCGAUUUUCAGUCAAUGCAAAUGAAGUCAUUCCCGUAUUCAGUGAAGCCGCAACGCAACGGUAUAAAUUUGGUAAUUUAAGUGGCGAUUGGACAUGCCCACAGUAA